CAUACACGCGUGUAAAGUGAUUCUCACAAUGCUCAAGAAUCAGUAAUUAUGGAGAAUCUACGAACAAUAUCGGAGCUAAAAGCUUCGUUCAUCCGGAAUCAAGUCCGCAUUCUAUCUGCAUCGCUUUCGCCGCAGGAAGGAUGGAGAGACUAUGCGCCUGAGACAGAAGACAAUCUGAGCGAGAAAGUAGUGGAAGAAGCGCUGCUAAAAUUCAAUGCGAUUUUGAAACAGCAUAACCGCGUUGUUUACUCGAAUCAGGCUAUUCAGCAUAUUGCUCGCCAGAUCGAGAAUCUGUACUGGGAGUCGGUUAAGAGGGAAGCUGUCGCGCCGACCAAGGAGCUGAGUGGAGUGGAACUUGGCUCUGACGUGUCGAAUCAUCAGGUGAUUGAGAAACUCCCUGCACAAUAUCAUGGAGAGGACAUUUCCGCUGGGGACCAGGAAAGAUAUAAAGCAAUAUACCAGAGAUUGCUGGCUUUGGAUAGCCAACGGCAGGAGCAACAGAAGCGACUAGCUCAUUACCGGCAACUAGAAGCGCUUCUCGAGCCGUUUAAAAACCCACAGCAAAAUAUUCAACCAAAUUUAGUCACCAGAGAUGGCGAGCUCGUCCAGGAGAUUGACAAGAUGAGAAUGCUGAUUGCAAGAGUGUCAGAAAGAGUUCAUAACAGUCGCGUGACGCAGCCUGACCAUCCAGCAUCUUCGACAGAUCCUAAUGAGAAACUCGCAGCGCUGCUAGGAAGCUGGGAUCUUUUAGUCCAAGAACAUAUACCACGAGAAAUCCGGCGAGCCAAGGGCCUUCGCAUUGCCAGGAGGCAGAAGAUAGCCGACUCUGACGUCUGUCUCACCGGCUCCGGUAUUGUUUUCUCGAACAUAGACGGCAACUUCGUAUUCAACACCGUGUCGGACCAACGCAGUCAGCACGAGCAGGCCGAGGCUGUCCAAGCUGCGAGCCUCCCAUCCCGCCCGGUUUCUCGAAGCUUUGCGGUCUUCGCGCAAGACGACCUCGCUCUCGAGAGCAUGACAACAAACGGCACUGCGAUGGGAAGUUUCAUGGACAAUUCGCCUAAUGUCAAUAUGGCCAACAUGGCUCGCCAAUCCCCCUCCCCGGUUCCUCAGCAUGGAGUGCCGCAGGUCAACGGCGGCGGUGCUGUAGGUAGCAGCAUGAUGGCCGGCCUCCCGAUGAAUGCAGGCCACCAGAUGGAUCUGAACAAUCUGUACGAAAUGGUGGUAGAAUUCAGCGAUAUCAUCAAACAUAAUCGCGAGAUGACUCGCGGCAUCGUCGCUAGUGCCGAGGAAAUCAUGCGUCGCUCUACUGUUGAAGGAGUAAGUCCCGAGAUCCAGCAAGUAAGUGGUGAAAUUUCUGCCGCCAGGAUCGCAGAGUUAGAACGUGCCCUGGCAAAGGAGCGUCAUACCGUAGAGAUUUUGAAGCGAGAGCAAAUCGAGAACACAAAGUUGAUCGGUGAAUUCGAAUCGGCGAUGGGCAUCAUCGUUGAGCAAAUUCGUACUUACUGCCAAAACAACAACCUGUACUUCCUUGCUCAGAAGAAGGACUACAAUUCUCUCUUACAAGCCGAACGUGACGCCCAUUUAGCCAGCCGCUUAGAUCGUGAUCACUGGCAUUCCCAAACCAUGCGACUCGCUGAGAUGCUACGUACUGCAUAUCGCCUUCGGUGCGAAGAAGAUGAAGCGCCCACUCGGGUCGUCCAGGGGCUGCAGAGUGAAGUGCGCGCACUUCGCUCCGCAAUUGGCCUAGAGCCUGAGAAACCCGAAGCUGAAAUGGGCUGGGAGUUUCUCAAGGAUACUCCUAGCGCAGAUUAAGCAAACCCUGUUGACACCAGCCAGCGUGAUGUACAGCACAAUUUCCAUCUUCGACGCCAGUUGGUGGUUUUUACGAGGCUGUGUUUUUAUUUUCUUUUUACGACUCUAUCAAGUAUAUUAUUUCUCCUAUCAUGGCAAGGCGUCUACGGUUUUACGAGGUGGCGUUAUGCGGUGUGGUUUAGAUCUGUGGCCAGGCAUCUUUCUUUGCGCAAAAAAUGUGAUACCAUAAUGCUACGAUAUAUGAAGCUAUCAAGAUCAUUGGGUGUAUUUUAGCAAGCAUAGCUAGGGGUUCAAACAAGGUAAUCGCUCUUUAGCUUUUAUCCUUUUACCGAGGAACCCAAGAAUCAAAUCGGUGUAUAACUGGACAAUAACAAAGUUAUUCUGAGA